AUGCAAAACGCAAACAUAACAACGGCAACAGCAACAACAACAAUAACUACAACAGCAACAGCCACAGCAGCAACAAUUACAACAACAACAACGGCAACAACAAUAAUUACAACAGCAGCAGCAAAAGCCACAGCAGCAACAAUUACAACAGCAACAAGAGUAACAACAACAAUAGCAACAGUCACAGCAGCAACAGUUACAACAAUAACAGCAACAGUUACAACAAUAACAGCAAUAGUUACAACAAUAACAGCAACAGUCACAGCAGCAACAGUUACAACAACAACAGCAACAGUCACAGAAGUAACAGUUACAACAACAAUAGCAGUAGCAAUUACAACAACAACAACAACAACAGCAACAACAGUUGCAACAAAAACAACAGCAGCAGCAACAAUUACAGUAACAAUAACAACAACAACGGGAACAACAGUGACAACAGCAACAAAAAUUACAACAACGACAAAAACAACUAUUACUAGCGGUAAGUAA